AUGCUUCAUGUUCGUCUUCCGACAGGGCUCAUCAGCGCCGGGGUCAGUUUGGUCGUUAUCUCCUCGCCGGUGAACCCACAGAGGGCCAGUAGCGUCACCUUUGAUUCCCUGAGUGGUUGUGCUCUCAUUAUCGGUUAUAUUUUAUGCGAUUCCCUUACAUCAACCACUCAAGAGAACCUCUUCAGAAUGUACAGACUGUCUGCUCUGAAGGUUAGUGACGUACUUUCAAUCUCACGAUCUCUCUACUCUUCUACCUUGCUGUUGGACGGGAGUUGUCAUAAGCAGAGAAUAUUGUACAUGUAUUCACAGUCAGCAUUUGUAUUCUCGCCCGUUUGCGAAACUUCCACCCCUACCCUAUGCUGGAUUAAUUCUGAUGGCUUUCAAAGCCCAUGCACAGAUAGCUGUGCACAAACUAACCAAUUGUCCCUAUUUCAGCGUGCUAGCGCCAAGUGAAGUUAGUGUCGGCUUUUAGUUAAAAAGUUUGCGAUCAAAACUGGAGCGCUUACCAGAAAACACGUGGAGCAUGCAGGGGGGCCCGCAGAUGAGGUGAACCCCCGCAGCUGUGUCAUGCAGCGACACAAACUGCGCGCAAACGCACGUCUGGAAUUUCAGCUAGUACCUGUGCCGUCAGCUAUGGUAGAUCGAUUAGAUAAAACGUCACUGUGAGUACCCGGCAGUUGUCAGUGGUUUCAGCAGUUGGCUCGUGUUCAACUUCAGAUUGUCCGGCCCUGGAAUUGGGGUAGGACUGACCGGUGACGACAAAAUAAGCCAGAAACGCUACCUUCCGUCACGCAUAUCCCUCUUACCACACAUUCGAUGAUGACUAUGUCGCCUCUGUUUCAGUUUACGUGGUGUCUUUUGCGUGAAAGCAUCUUUGCAGUAUAUUUUUAUGCGGCAACUGGGAUUUCUGACUUAAAACUACUGCACAGACCGAACAAUCAACGCCGACCAGUGGGCACCUGUGUCCAAUUACAUCAUGGAAAAAGGCUGUGAAAUAAGGCAAUCCGUAUUAACCAGUAGAAGACCCCUCUCCCGGCCUAGUUAUUUAAAUGACGCCCUGAGGCAGACAGUAUACAGUGCGUAACCGAUCUCAUGAAAUGUUGGCCAAAUUUCUGGAAUGAGUUUCCGAUUAGGAAGGAUUAUUUAAGUGUGGUUGUUAUACUGAUUAUCACACUGCAUAACCCUAUAACAUUUCGGACUCGCCAGGAUAUCGCCUUUUGAAUGCAUUUUUUUCGACCACCUACAGAAACCACACUCGGAAAAAAUGACUACUUAAGCAGCAUGCAUUUUUCGCAUUGAUUUUCGAUGGUCUUAUAAAUUCAUAUAUAUUGUAUAGAAAACAUGCGAAAGAUAUGCUUUCUGUUGCUCAUUUGGAAAGAACUUACAUUGUCUUCAUAUUUUAUCCUCGAAGAAAGUGCAUAUUUAGGUUUUAAAAAAGUCUCUCAUUAUGAGAAUUUUAAGACCGUGCCAUGUCCAUGCAUGCAAGACCGCAAUGUCCGUUUACUAAUGCUGCUCAUGAAAUAUACAACACAGUUCGGAUCCAUUGCAAAAUUUCAUGAACUCUAUGUGGUAUCCUCUGAAAGACAUAGAGGAAUAUAUGAUUUUCCUUACGCGGAAAGCGUGCACCUUGUGGACUGAAAUUGCUAAACGCAGGCUGAAAAUUAUUCGGGAAUCGGAAACCUUUUUAAAAACCUAAAUACACACUUUCUUCGAGCAUAAAAUAUGAAGACAAUGUAAUUUCCUUCCAAAUGAGCAAAAAAGCAUAUCUUCCGCAUGUUUUCUAUACAAUAUAUUUGAAUUUAUAAGACCAUCGAAAAUCAAUGCGAAAAAUGCCUGCUACUUAAGUAGUCAUUUUUUCCGAGUGUGGUUUCUGCAGGAGGUCGAAAAGAAAUGCAUUCAAAAGGCGAUAUCCUGGCGAGUCCGAAAUGUUAUAGGGUUAUGCUGCAUGAUAAUCAGCAUAACAAUCCCACUUAAGUAAUCCUUCCUAAUCGGAAACACAUUCCAGAAUUUUGGCCAACAUUUUAUGAGAUCGGUCACGUACUGUAUGUGUUUAGUCCUCAUACUAGAAGCGUGGCACCCGGAUGCCGCUUGCAUUUAUUUUUGAAGACGUUUAAUACUCUUUUCAGAAGACUUUGGCUUAAGUGCAUGGGCACCUUUAUAUGUGUUUCAGAAAUCUCCCGUCUGUUAAUAAGAUAAUUUGCCUUCCGUGAUUUUUCACCUAUCCAAUACCUAGUCAAUAAUCAUACUGUUUCAGAAGACUUACUCGCUCCUGUGACGGCGUUUGGGUCUCGUAGAUUUCCGUUUAUAUUUCGUCACAUGUACUACUUAAAUCAACAGAGUACCUGUGUAUUUGUAGAUGAUGUUCGGCUGCAGUUGUUGGUCCGCAGCUUUCACAGUCGUUUCUCUUGCUGAGAAAAAUAACCUUGCCUCGUCAGUGGCCUUUGCACAAGAACACCGUGCCUUUCUGGCCGACGUGACUCUUUCAGCUCUCUGUUCUGGCCUCGGCCAAAUUCUAAUCUUUCUGACAAUCUCCCACUUCGGUGCUGCCACCUUUGUGAUAAUCAUGACAAUCCGACAAGCCCUCUCCAUUCUGGUGUCUUGCCUUCUGUUCGACCAUCCUAUUAACAGCAAUGCUCUGCUUGGUUUUUGUGUCACCUUUGGGGCCGUAGUCUUUCGAAUUUUUUACCGUAAUAGACGUCCAACUUCCAAUAGCAACUCAUCGUGA